UCGCCGCCCUGCGCUUCCGGCCCGGGUUGUGCGGGUCUGCUCGUGUCCUUCGCUUGCAGAGUGGAUGAAGCUCGCGCGGCUCAUGAAGGUGUUCGUCACGCGCAGGAUCCCCCCGGAGGGCCGGGCCGCGCUCGCCGGGGCUGCAGACUGUGAGGUGGUGCAGUGGGACUCGGACGAGCCCAUCCCCAGCAAGGAGCUGGAGCGUGGCGUGGCGGGUGCUCACGGCCUGCUGUGUCUGCUCACCGACCGCGUGGACCAGAGGAUCCUGGAUGCUGCAGGGGCCAACCUCAAGGUCAUCAGCACGCUGUCUGUGGGCGUGGACCACCUGGCUUUGGAUGAAAUCAAGAAGCGUGGGAUCCGUGUGGGUUACACCCCUGAUGUGCUGACGGACGCCACGGCGGAGCUGGCCGUCUCCCUGCUGCUCACCACCUGUCGCCGGCUGCCCGAAGCCAUGGAGGAGGUGAAGAAUGGCGGCUGGACAUCCUGGAAACCCCUAUGGAUGUGCGGUUACGGCCUGCAGCACAGCACCGUCGGCAUCAUCGGGCUUGGCCGCAUAGGUCAGGCCAUAGCCCGGUGCCUGAAGCCCUUUGGCGUCCAUAGGUUUUUGUACAGCGGACGCAAGCCCCGGCCCCAGGAAGCUGCGGAGUUCCAGGCAGAGUUUGUGCCCACCAGCCAACUGGCCGCUGAGUCCGAUUUCGUCGUUGUGGCCUGUUCCUUAACUCCUGCCACCAAGGGCCUCUGCAACCAGGACUUCUUCCAGCGGAUGAAAAACACGGCAGUGUUUAUCAACAUCAGCAGGGGAGAUGUGGUGAACCAGGAUGACCUGUACCAGGCCUUGGCCAGUGGGCGGAUCGCAGGUGCAGGCCUAGAUGUGACCACCCCAGAACCCCUGCCCACAGACCACCCUCUCCUGAGCCUGAAGAACUGUGUGAUCCUGCCCCACAUUGGCAGUGCCACCCACAGAACCCGAAACACCAUGUCACUGCUGGCAGCUAACAACCUGCUGGCCGGCCUGAGAGGGGAGCCGAUGCCCAGUGAACUCAAGCUGUAGCCACGUGGAUCCCCGGAGCCCAGGAUUCCGGCAGACAUGCCCAGGCUUGAUUUGCUGCCCUGCCUGAGGAUGGGAGCCCAGGCAAAGCCGCCGUGCUGAGCCACCGUGCUGAGCAGUACAUGGGCCAGUGCGGCAGCUGGAAGGGUGCGGGCCCAGAGCAUGUUCUAGUAAACAGUUCUCUGAGA